AUGCUCUACGCUGACGACGCGGCCAUCUGCUCGCGCUCGCCGGAGAGUCUCGAGAAGAUGAUGUCGGUCAUCGUGCGCGUGGCCGGCCUGUUGGAACUGAUGGUAUCGGAGCCAAAGACGGAGAUCAUGUGCAUGUUGCCGAAAGGGAUCGAGGAACGCCCGUUCACGGUCAGCGCCACCGGCCAGACGUACAAGCAGAGAGAUCGGUUUGUGUACCUCGGACGUACCAUCUCCGCGGACAACAAGGCCGACCGGGAGAUCAAGAGCCGCAGCUGCCGAGCGUGGAAGUGCUACCGCCGGAACAGUGCUUCGAUGUACGACAGGCGACGGGCCAAUCGCCAGCUCAAGAUCCGGCUACUCCAGGCUGAAGUGGUGGAGACUUUCCUGUAUGGGUGCGCCUCGUGGAGCCUAACAACGGAGCACUACGCGAAGCUCAAUGAAACCCACCGCCAGUUCCUUACACGGUGCGUCGGCUGGAGCAGGCGGAAACGCUCACACCGCCCGCUGUCCUAUGCCCAGGCCGUCAUCCAGGCAGGCUGCGAGGAAACCAUCGAGGCCACCGUGCGCAAACGGAGACUGUGUUUCGCGGGCUUUGUAAUGCGCAUGGAGGACAACCGCCUGCCCAAGCACAUACUGUUAGGAGCGAUGGCGGGGGGCGUGGGAUACCGGGGCGGGCAGGAGGACGACUGGGUGUCUCGUCUAGGAGAGGACCUCGUGGCCUUCAACAUGGGAGACGAAAAGGAAGGGGGGAAAUGGAAAGAGAGCGCCAAGGACCCGGAGGUGUGGUACCACAAAGUCGAGGACGGGGCGGCAUGGUUCAUGAGGAAAUGGCACAGGCAGGAGGCGGAAGAGUCCGCGAAGCGCCAGCGCGAAGGGGAAGAAAGGGCGACCGGGCAGUAG